AUGUCACAUGAAGAUGAACGACGUCCUCUUUUAUCACAUACCACUGUCGUACCCCGCGACAUGGAGGAUGAUGCAUCCUAUCAUUUCGAUAUCGGGGUGGAUGAGCUUAUGGACCUAGUGGAUCCAAAGAACAUCAAUGCACUUGUUCGGCUCGGGGGCAUUGAUCAAAUUUGUCAAUCAUUACACGUUAACCCAAAGAUGGGACUCGGCAACAAUGAUGAUGACUUGAAAGCACGACAUGAUACCUUUGGCAGCAACGUUCUUCCAGAAGCAAAGUCUAAAUCUUUAUGGCAGCUUAUUGUCGGUGCAUCGGAUGAUAAAACUCUUAUCAUGUUGACAGUGGCAGCAGCCAUAUCUCUCGUUAUUGGUGUGUGGCAGGAUUAUUCACCACAACAUCCACCUAGUGAGCCACGUGUUGGAUGGGUGGAAGGAACAGCCAUUCUUGUGGCGGUGAUUACUGUUAUCUUGACGAAUGCGAUCAACGAUUAUCAAAAAGAGAUGCAAUUUAAAAAGCUCAAUGCCAAAGGCGAGGAUAAAAAAGUGACGGUAUUACGGGAUCGUCGAGAGCAACGGAUUUGUGCAUCCACAUUGGUAGUUGGCGACGUGCUUAUGUUGGAGCCAGGGGACGUCGUAUCAGUAGAUUGCUUGUAUCUUGAUGGCUACAACCUUGCAUGUGACGAAUCAGCUGCUACAGGCGAAUCUGAAGCUGUCAAAAAGUGUCUCGCAAGCCAAGUCAAUGAUGAGCAAGAUGACUGUUUUAUCCUUUCAGGAUCCAAAGUACUGGAGGGUGUGGGUCAUGCACUCGUUAUAGCUGUUGGCAGAAAUGCAUUCUAUGGCAAGACCAUGAUGGCGCUUCGAACCAAUAACAGUGGUGGUGGUAAUGGACCUCAGCAGCAGAGUACGCCUUUGCAACUGAAGUUGGAUGUGUUGGCUGAGCAAAUUGCAAAGUUUGGCUUUGGUGCAUCCGUUACCAUGCUGGUGACAUUGAUCAUCAAGUAUUUCGCAACCACCGAGAACCUCACAGGCCCCAAAAUCAUGUCAACCUUGAUCAACAUUAUCAUCCAAACCAUCACCAUCAUCGUAGUUGCUGUGCCUGAAGGCCUUCCAAUGGCAGUAACCAUGUCCUUGGCAUUCGCAACAACCCAAAUGCUCAAAGAUAACAACCUUGUACGUGUACUCUCAGCAUGCGAAAUCAUGGGCAAUGCAACGACGAUUUGCACCGAUAAAACCGGCACGUUGACGGAGAAUCGGAUGACCGUUGUGAAGGGCACUUUGGGUGUGGAAGCAUUUGACCACAAUACAGUGUCAUCAUGGAUGGAGCAAGUGGACCCUGUUGUUAUCGAUCUUGUGAUUCAAGGUAUCUCUGUCAAUUCAACGGCGUACAAGGAUGGCGACACGUUCUUGGGAUCCACUACGGAAUGUGCAUUGCUCAUCUUUUCACAGCAAUUGGGCGGUGAUUUCAGUGCUGUGAGACAUCAAGCGCAUGUUGUCAAGGUGUAUCCAUUUUCAUCCAAGCGCAAGAGCAUGACUACAGUGUUGGCAUUACAAGAUAAGAAAGAAGAAAAUGAUACCAUUUAUCGUGUGCAUACCAAGGGUGCAUCCGAAAUCAUUUUACGAUCCUGUAGCCGUUACGUGAAUGCACAUGGCGACGCUGAAUUAUUGGAUGACAACGUGCGACAACAAUGCGAAAAAGUGAUUGACAAGUAUGCCGAUGAUGCUUUGCGUACCAUUGCAUUGGCUUAUCGUGACAUGAAUGCUGAUGAAUAUGAGCAAAUCAAUGAACAAGAAGAACCCGUGCUUGAAAACUUGGUGUUGAUUGGCAUUGUUGGUAUCAUGGAUCCAUUACGUCCUGGUGUAGUUGAAUCAGUGGCAGCUUUUCGCCGAGCUGGUGUGUUUGUACGCAUGAUUACGGGUGAUAAUCUCAAGACGGCAACGGCCAUAGCAAAGAGCGCUGGUGUAUUGACACGUGGAGGAGUUGCCUUGAAUGCAGCUAAAUUUCGAGACAUGUCACCUGACGAACAGCGCAAUGUGAUUCCUCGGCUACAAGUACUUGCAAGAUCCACACCCACAGAUAAAACGGUGGUGGUUGUACGGCUACAAGAGCUCGAUCAAGUGGUGGGAAUGACGGGUGAUGGUGUCAAUGAUGGACCUGCAUUGAAACUAGCCGAUGUCGGAUUCAGCAUGGGUGUCACUGGUACUGAAGUUGCCAAGGAAGCGAGUGACAUUGUCCUGAUGGAUGAUAAUUUCAAUUCCAUAUUACGCGCCUUGCUCUGGGGUCGUACGGUGAAUGAUGGCGUACGCAAAUUCCUUACUUUUCAGCUCACUGUCAAUGUUGCUGCUGUUGUCAUUUCCUUUGUCAGUGCCACUACUUCAUCACAAGCCCAAAGUGUUCUAUCCGCUGUACAGCUAUUAUGGGUCAAUCUUAUUAUGGAUACGUUGGCGGCUCUCGCUCUCGCCACUGAACAACCCACCAUGGAACAAUUGGAUCGCAAGCCUGCAUCAAAGUUUGCCCAUCUCAUCAAUUAUCGCAUGGUCAAAAUGAUCCUCGGCCAAUCUCUCUUCCAAAUUGGUGUCAAUCUCGCUGCCAUUUAUGCAGGUCCACAGCUCUUCCGCAUCCAUGAUGAAGCUGUCCUUCGCACAAUGGUGUUCAACAUGUUUGUCUUUCUCCAAAUCUUCAAUGAGAUCAAUUGCCGCCGCGUCGAUCUCUCACUCAAUGUUUUUGCUAAUAUCACAAAUGAUUGGAUCUUCCUCUUGGUGCAAUUAUUGGUCAUCCUUGGUCAAUUCCUCAUUGUCACUUUUGGCGGGAUCGCUUUUCGCACCACACCAUUAACAUUCCAACAAUGGAUGAUUACUAUUGGUAUUGGAUCCUUGUCACUCCCUGUGGGAUUGAUCAUACGGAUGAUCCCGGAUUGCUUUGGUUUCGAUCGUCGCUUUAAUGAAGAUGCAAGACCUCUUACAAGCUAUUCACGUCUCAAUUGGGAAGGUGCCAUCGGUCACGUGCGUACACAGCUGCGAGUCUAUUCAGCCUUACGUAGAUCAUAUCAAAUGGCACAGGGACCAGAGCAUCAACCCCAGCAAUAUGCACAUCAUUUCAAAGCUUCCCAUCCUCAUACCUCAAAACAUCCCAAUGAGAACUUUUCAGCACCUGGUAGUCAUUCUUCAUACGCUAGUAGCCAUGCUUCAUCCGUGGCAAGUGCUCCAAUCCAUAAUGUAAACUAUGGCAGUGUCAAGAAUGGUAAAUAA